UGCUCUGCCACCUGAGCUACAGCCACCCCAGACGUGUAGAAAAACAGCUUGCAGCACACAGAGGCAGUUUUGAAGCAGACAAAUGGGACGAAUAUGCGCGCGCUCGUCUUUCGACAACAUUUACUUGAAGCUCUGUCAUUGAGAAACAUGGCGGCCUCCACAAGAGCUGCAAACGCUGCUGCUUCCAACCCACAAGGCCCAGCUUCGGUCGGCCCGAGCGUGGACAGCCCGACUCUUCAGUACAGUAUGAUUCUGGAGCAUCUUAUCGGUGACAAGAGGCCCGUGAAGGGCCUGAACCCCGCCGUGAUGGGGGGGCUGCCCGUGCCUCCGAAAAGCGACGAGCAGAAGAUGAUCGAGAGGGGAAUGGAGAGCUGCGCCUUCAAGUCUUUGCUGGCCUGUGUGGGAGGGUUCGUCCUUGGAGGAGCAUUCGGCGUUUUCACAGCUGGAAUUGAUACUAAUGUUGGCAUCGACCCCAAAGACCCUUUGAGAACUCCAACAGCACGAGAGGUUCUAAAAGACAUGGGCCAGAGGGGGAUGUCCUAUGCCAAGAACUUUGCCAUUGUGGGCGCCAUGUUCUCCUGUACAGAGUGCAUCAUAGAAUCACACAGAGGCAAAUCUGACUGGAAGAAUGCUGUGUACAGUGGUUGUGUGACUGGAGGAGCUAUUGGCUUUCGCGCUGGUCUGAAGGCUGGUGUUCUGGGAUGUGGAGGCUUUGCUGCAUUCUCUGCUGCAAUUGAAUAUUACUUGAGGUGAAGCUCUAUGGAGUGGCUCGAUGGA